ACUUUUUGGAAGAUUACGUUUUGCGACAAUUACGUAACCGAUUGCUGUGCUGAAAAUUUAACUGUUACUUCAAUCUGGAAUAUUUAAUGCAAUCAUUGAAAUGUAUAGAGUUCCUGUUUGUACUUUAAUCAAACCGCAUGGAAAUGAAGGCAUGACAGCUGCUUGUAUCAGUCCGAACGCUAAAUACAUAGUCACCGUCAGCAAUGGAAAGUGCCAGAACGUGCAUUUUUGGUUGUGGACUUACGGCAGGGACAAACCGAACGCGUCAAUCUCGUUGACUGAUACAAUAUCUGAACGUGUCAAGGAAGUAAUUUUCAAUGACGAAUAUCCGGAACAAUUUGCAUUAACGACCGAUUAUCACGUAUUGUUCCUAAUUUGGGUUGGUAAAAUUUUGCAAUUAAAUACUUUCAUCAGAUCUUUCAGUUAGUAUGAAAGAAAUAUAUUUUCCGGUGUAAUUUUGAAAAGAAGAUUAUAACUUCAGUAUCGACGAUAUUAUUCCUAUAUUUCUUUCGAAUUUUAUGAACAAGGACGGCGAUGCUUUGAGCUACGAUUGUCCCAAAACGACUAAACUUCAACGUGUCGGAAUUUUUAAUGGAUCUUGCUAUGUUUCGAAAAUGCAACAAGUUUUCACAGCGACUACAAACGGAUGUAUCUUAGUGUGGGGUAACGUCUCUCUCGAGGAAAAGCGCAAGAUCAAUGAUUCUAAUUGUGAGAAAAAGAAGAAACAUAUCAAGACUGUUAAUUUACAGAAAUGCAAUAUCACCGUUAUUAUCGAGAACGACAGGGAACUCAAAUGGCCGUGUUGCUUUCUAUGAUUAUCAAUUGAGACUUUUAUAUUGGUAUGAAAAUUGCGAUCUCGAUUCCAUUAGAUGGAUAAGCUUCGAUCUUCGAUCCAAUUUCCAAGUUACAGCAUCUGCAAAAUCGACGGACGCUACUUUACAACGCUCACCAUUUAACGUCCGAACUUUCUUUGCUUGUUCCUGUACGGGAGUAAUCGCGUUGAUAGACAUCCCGAAGCAAAAGUGUCAUCCUGUAUUGCGUCAAUUGGCUGUGGCCGCGACCAGCUUGGAUACUCAUCCAGAAAGUAACUACAUCGUUGUGGGGGACGUACAGGGCACUGUGUACUUGUACAAUCAUGAAGAACUCGUUCUGAUAACAUCCAAGAGCACUUUAGACUUCCAACCGAUUCUCAAGAAGCAAAUAAUGAGCGAAAAUAUCGCUUAUGUUACUUGCCCGCAAACCCACGAGUCUCUGAAAGGCGUCACAGCUCUUAAGUUCUCGCCAAAAUGCGAUAUGUUGGCGUGCGGUUUGGAAAACGGGGCUCUUUGGAUUCUGCAUCAUAUUACUCUGGAUCUGUUGAGCGAAACACUAUACAAGCACUCUGUCGCAGCUAUUAAUAAAAUUAUCUUCACGCAGUGUGCCGAAUAUAUGGCUUACACAGACAAUGCGCUGACAGUAGUGGUAUUCAAGAGAAACACUGACUCCUUGAAUGACCACAGCACAUGGAACUUGAUUGGCAAAUAUCACUCGCAUUAUCUGCCCAUCAGGGACAUACUUUUUAGUCCGGCCUAUGUAUCUGACUCUAAGAUACCGCGUUUUUUCUCCUUGGGAGAGGAUCAAGAGCUUGUUGAAUAUGAUCUCGAGCAAAGUGGACCAUAUCCAGAGCCAGGGCUUAAAAUUUUGCACAUCAAGCGAAUCGAACACACCGCCACUCCUCUUUGUCUAGCGUGGUACUCUGAGUGCGGCAACGAGAAUUUCUUUAUUAUUUCAAAUUCUGAGUACAAGUACAAGAUUUUCAACGACGUCACUAAAAUGAUACGCGGUACUUACUUAGGGCCAACAAUAGGAGAACCAGUACAAAAUUUUCAGAUCCUAACAGACAAACUAGUGGACAAUAAAGGCUACAUGGUGUUCGCAACCAAUAGAGAAAUUGGUCUUCAACUUCUACCUUUUGACGGUAAUCCUUACAAGAUUCACGGUAUGACGGGACAUCCGCAAAAAAUAAUGGACAUCUCUAUCAGCAACAAUAAGGAAAUCAUGUUUACGAUAGGCUACAACGAUCCGUGUGUUUUAAUGUGGGAAAUUCGUCUGAGUUCUGUUGACACAAUGGCGCGCUCAGGCGGACGGGGAAUUUCACCUUUCCAUUGUCUCAUCGAAGGUGGGAAAAAAGGAUGGCUGAUGAAUGAGAUGAAGGAUCUGUUUUAUUACGCCCAGAUUUUGCAUCAAGGAGAAAAUACAACCGCUGCUAGAGUCAUUACCGACACCGUGGUCGUCGAGAAUAUUCCAAACCUUAUGCGAGCUGUCGGAUAUUAUCCCAGUAACGAAGAAAUAAAGAACAUGAUGAGAGAAGUAUGCUACCGGUAUCACGCUGAAACCGGCAAACUUACCGAAAAGAUCACAUUUGAAGAAUUUGUGCAACUCUACGUGAAUCAUCGACCAGCGUUCAGACUCACCAUGAAUCAUAUAAAGAAGAUUUUUCAUGCUUUCGUAGAAGAGCGCACUGCUAGUGUAGAGGAUCCUUCUCUAACGCGAGAACAAUUUGUAGAAAUAUUACUUGGUAGAAUAUCGGAAGCUUCAUUUGAAGAUCUGAAGCUUGUCGGUGACCCAUUGUCUCUUCAAGAAGCAUACACGUAUCUCAAAUUACUUGCAUCGUUCGACGAAGAAACGACUGCAAUUGACCAAUCGAGUCUGUCGGAAAAAAGCACGUCGUUUGAUUUCAAUUUUCUUCCACCGAGAAUAUCUUACAAAGAUUUCACCAUGGACAUCAUGGACGUUGAAUUACCGGAGGGAGGAAACUAGGGCUGACAAUUGAAGAAUCAGCGUGACAGUUACUUUGACAGUAUCGGUGCUCUAAGAGGCAUAGUUUAUAGCUAUUAUACAGCUGUAACGAGCUGCAUUAUGAACGCAAGCAAUCCACAAAUCAAAACAAUGACAACUGCAAUUGUUUUCCUUUAGAGUUUAGAUUAAGAUUAAGAAAAGCGCUAGGAAGAAACGCUGGCGAAAUUGCCGUCGACGUUCGUGUUCGUUCGUUAUCCGUUCUCUCGAUUAAUGUAAAAAGAGAUACAAAAAACGAAACUCUCGAAGGAAUAAGAUAAAAGAGCACGACGGACUGCGUUUUUCGUAAUCCUCGUCUCCGUAAUACUGCUCGGUGGGUAUUUGUUAAUUUUUAAAUACGGCGUUUCCCUAUUUGUGAUUGCCGCGCAUUAAUGUCAAGGUAUAUAUAGACAUAUGUAUAUAUUUAUAUACUGUGUAUAUAUACUAUAUACACACAUCUAUAUAUACGGUAUCACUUUAUGAAUCGAUAUAUCACUGUUUGAAAGAUAAGUGCUUGCUCACCUUCUUGCCGAUUUAACUCGUAAGUUCAUCUUUGCUGAUACGUUAUAAGAAAAUUAGUCACGGCGGCUACAAACUAUUACUAUUGCUCGGGUUGUUCUCGAUGUGGCACAGAACUGUCUGUCGGCAAAAAGAGCUGUUUCGAUUGCUGAAAGAAUGUCGUUCCAUUUUGUACAAUACGAAAUAGACUGGAAGCAAGAAAACAUUCGCUUCUCGACAAAGAUAAAUCGCUUUAAGAAAGUUUUAAAAGGUAGUGAUUCAAAACAACGUCUUAUCGAAGGAAACGACUAAUGAACUGGAGAACAUGGUGCGAAUUUAAUAUAUCUGCAAUUAAAAAAUUUGGAACACGAUUAAAAAAAGAAAGGAAAGGAAACUACAAGACUGCAUGUCUGCGAUUGGAGGAAAAAGGACGUUACUUCGUUUAGUUACUUCGCGCUGGCUCUUCGAGCUAAUAGAGAUACUCGGGUUUUGAGCGCGGACAAUCACAAUCGCAUUCGGUGGCAUACUGGUAAAUAUUCCAAAUCGUAAAACACAGCCCUGCCCUCACGAAGCUAGGCUCUUGUACGAUCUUCUUGACUCUACUAUUUCUGCCUACCUAUUUCAUCUACCUACGCUAUAUAUUUAUACAUGGCGCUGUGUUGAAAGAAGUACAAAGAAAUGUACACAAAAAACUGCUGAUAUUUCAUUCUUAAAAAUUCUAGGACGUAUUUACAAGUAUGUACAAACCUACGCAUACACACACACGCGCGCACAUAUAGACAUACAUAUACGCACUUUCUCUCUCUCUCUCUCUCUCUCUCUCUCUCUCUCUCUCUCU